AUGAUUUCUAACAUUUUUAAACCCAAAAAAUAACAACUCAUACAAGAAAGUCAAUAAAACAUCACUCUAGGUAAAUUAGUCAAAUUUUCUCACUAUGAAACAAUCUUCAAAUAUUCUUUCUUCGUGGUUUUAUGUAAUUUAGAAAUUUAUCGGUCAUAGUUGUUAUUUCAUUAUACAGUCUUGAUGUCAUUCAAUUUUAACAAUUCCUUAAAGAAAAGAACCUUAGAAGAUUUGAUUGGACUGAUCUAAAGUGGUUGGUUAUUGGAUUAAUACUAAUUCAUGUAACUUUAAUUCUUUAUAAAUUAAGAUCACAAAGAUAAUCAAUGGAUAUUUGGUAUUUGAUUAUGUCUCAAAAUCAUUAGAUAAAAAAUAUAUUGGUUUGGAUAGAUAGUUAAGAGUUUAAAAAAUAAUUAAAUGGAUUUAUGAUACUUUUUAUUAUUCCGUAGUUACUAUAUUUGCAUAUAUAGUUUUUAGAGAUGAAAAAUGGUUUCCUAGUCAAUUAGGAGGCACUAAAUUUACAGAAACCAUGUAUGAUUUCCCUAAUAUGCCUGAUGUACAAUUUUAAAUAAUUUCUAAUAGAACCCUUGGGUACCAUUCUAUUAUAUGAUCUAAACAUCAAGUCAUAUUCAUGCUCUAUUGUUAUUGAUGAUCCAUGGUACAAAGAUAGAAUUGAAAUAUUGGGAAUAUUUACUACAUCAUUUUCUAGCAGUAAGUCUGUUAUAUUUUUCAACAAUUUAUAAUUGCGAAAGUAUUGGAAUUGUUGUUUUGAUACUUCAUGACAUAAGUGAUAUCUUUCUGGCAUAUGGAAGAACCUAUGCUGAUAUUGGAAAGAAUAAAAUUCUUGUUUAUUUGAGUUUUUCAGCUAUUCAAAUUUCUUGGUUAUACACUAGAGUCUAUGUAUUUCCUAUUAAAAUAUAUGAUAUCAUAGUAAAUCAUCCUGGAUUUUCACUUUACUGGUAUUAUUACAAUAUUAUAAUAAUAGGGAAAAUACAAAACAUGCUUUGUUCAAUCAAGUAGGAUUAAUGAUAGUUCUAUUUGGAAUGCACAUUUAUUGGACAAUAUUUAUGGUUAAAGUAGGUAUUGGAAUCUUUUCAGCAGGUAAAUAUAAAAAUGUAUAUGAUAACAGAGAAAAUAAAUUAGAUAACAAGAAGGAAAAUUGA